CCCACGAUUUUAAGGUUAAAUGGGUAUGAUUGGAUAGAAGAGAUUAAGAAUAUAUAUAAUUAUAGCCGCCGGAAAAUUUUGGUUUCCAGAUAUUCUCAUUUUAUGUUGAUUUAUGGUUAAUUUUUCUUCCGCGUACUCUUUCUUCUCACCGAAUUGGCCACCCUCGGCCGCGCUUCAAAAAAAUAUCCCCAUAACCUAUUUCGGCUUUCCCUGAGUUAGUUGAUUAUUCCACUAACUUUAUGUAUAAAGAAAGUAGUUAAAUAAAAGAAACAGAGAAACAUCAAGAUAUACGCACAUUACUGAGCUUUAAAAUAAUCAUAAUAAUAUGUAUAAUGUGGCAGCUCCAUAAAUUUACGUCAAAAAUAACAUCGGAUGCAAAUCUAAAAACACACCACGAGGUGAAUUAAUAGUAAUCAAAGAGCUUUGAUAUUUAUUUGUUUGGCUUUUAUGUUACACAUCCGGCCAGUGAAAAAAGAUUAUAAUUAUUUAAAAAUUAACUGUUAAAUAUAUAUAUUUUAUUUGCGAAAAUUUAAGAGACAGUAAAGCAGAAGCGUUUUUUCUUACUUAAAGUAAUGUUCAAAUGCUAAAAUAAAAUACAUUGAAUGUUUUACGGUUACUUUGUACGAUAGCUGAUCACUGUUGACAUUAAUUUCAAAUAGAAGCGGGAAAAUGUAUAAAUUGUUUCUACACAGAUUACAAGCCGCGAACUUUUACGAUGAGCAACACCAACCAACAAUAGACCAUCUAACAAACAUACGUACAUAUGUAUAUGCACACAUACACAAUUUAGUACGAAAUAAUAAAGCUCAAUCAAGAAAAAAAUAUAACAAUUAAACAGCUGAGUUGGCCCAAAGAGCAACAACGUCAGGCCAGCGCGACCAUUCAAAUUGAGUUGCAUUUUUCAAAUUAAGAAACUGGAAUGGUCACUCAUAGAAAUAUGUAACCAUACACACAAUCAAGAUAAAAGGGAGCAAUAUUAAUGGAUAUGUGAAAAUAAAAACAUAAGGUAAAAACAAAACCAGACGACCUCGACAAAACCCGCCUAGUCAGUCGCUUACACAUGCCGAGUUUCGGAAUCUACGAGUAACCAAUAGCACCAACUAGAUACUUACACAAAUACACACGCGUUUGGUACCUAUGUGGUUUAAAGAGUUUAUAAUGCUAAUUGCGACAAGAAGUAUGACGCAUGAGGUGCAGAAAAUUAGUGCUUAAAAUGAAAGAAAAACAAAAAGUAAUCGGUUCGGUUCAGGUGUGCUUUUCUAAGAUGGAUAUUGCAUUUGAUACAUUUCUUCUAAGCAUGCUACGCCAUAUAAUAUGACUACUAGAGAGGGAUUGUGUCUUUCGUGUACUUCUGCAAUUACUAGCGGGCAACGGAGAAUGUCAUUUUUAAAUGAUAUGAUGGACUCUGAAAUGGAGUAAGAAAUCGGAGCCCUAAAAUCGCUUCAGCAAGAUAAGGAUUGAGGCUUUUGUGGACUUCUGCAAUGACUAACAGCCGUUGAAGAUUUGACAGGGCUAAUAUGAACAUCGCAGAAGUUAUAUAACAGAUCCUUUGAGGACACUUGACACUCCAAACUGUUUUACGAUUCUCGGAAAAGAGAAGGAAGUUUACUCCAAGGAAAUCGCAGCCCUAAAAUCGUUUACUGAAAUUCUAAUAAGAUCAAAGAAUCAGCUUUAGGGCUAAGUUCACGGUUUUCUAAAAAUGUGUUUUUAUCCUGUAAUUUUUAGUGCAAUUAAGAUCCGUCGAUAUUUCUACGUUCGGCUAUAUUAUUGAAGAAGUUAAGCAGUGUAAGCCAAAAAAGCAUUCUCCGAUCAAGAGGUUACGCUGUCUGCCAUUGCACAACUGUUACAAAGUUUAAGCUUAUAAAUCUUCAAGCUAUAGAACCUGCAAUAUUUUCCUUGGCUUGGCGAAUCUGUAAUAUACAUACCAUACUUAUAUUUGUCCAUAUACGUGUAUUUUUACAAGAAUAAAUCAAUUUAAUUUAUAAGUGGCUCCAAGUAACCGGUUUGCGCCAAUAUCUGAACGUAUGUAACUUCAACUAAACUCGAAAAUAAAUGAAUUAACCAAGAAGCGAGCCGCAACAAAGAAACGAAUUUAAUGAUAAACGAAAAAUAAGACGAAGCAGAGGACGCAAAGUAGAAAAACUGCGAACGACAAACAGAAACAACAAAACGAGCAACAUAUAGACAACACAGGCGUACAGCCAAGAAGACCACAGAUCGAAUAGCAACAACAACAACAAGCUGCUAACCAGUCAGUUAGCCACAUACAAAGCCAAUCCGCCAGUGCGUUAGUACCGAACCAAUGAGCGGCCAAGCGACCAAGCGAACGCAGCUAGCCAACAAGACAAACGAAAGACUUCAAUUUAGUUCGGCGAAGACAACGAACUCGAACAGAGUUAAAGCUGUGCGCUAACGGGUAAACGGUUUGUGAAUAGAUCAGACCAGUGAGCGUUGAAAGCGUUUUAGGUACUGAAAGCGUUUUAGGCUGGUAAAACGAAUUUUUUAAACGCUGCAAAGCAAAGCAGACGUUGAACAAGUCAAAGAAGUUGCGGCUAAAAUCAAAUUUGAAGCAAAUUCUGGCAAAGUGAAAGGGCGGUUGAGUUAAAAUAUCUACCCGUCUACAUAAAUAACGGUGUCGAAUGCAAAGUGAAGUGAAUAACAAAGCGAAUUGAAUUGAAUUGAAAGUAAAUAUGGCAAGUUACAUUGAAUAGCGCUUGUGUGUGCGAGGCGAGUGUUGUGCGCGAUUGAAUAAGCAGUGCAAAAAAAAUUGCAAUUUUGCGGAGGCGACAAGCAGCAGAGCGCUUUUGGUGUGCAUGUUUGUGUGCGAAGUGAAGACAGUAAAUACAAACGACUUGAAAGCGAGGUAAGCGGAAGAAAACUUCAACAACUCGAUUUAAAGCAAGCGAGACAACAACAACUUCAGGCUCAAAGCAUUUUGAUAGCUGAGACAAACUAUAAAUAACAAUAGAGCCACAAACAUUUGUGGCAACAGCAGCAACAACAAGCGUAACAAUAUUUUCGCAUCCAGUUUGUGAAACCGUGGGAGAUGUCUGCCGCAAGGCAUCGGCCCCUGGCACCGCCAGGCAAUGCCGGCGACAGCGAUGACAACUUUACAGACGACGAGAGCACACCAUUAACCCAAGAUAUUUAUGGUGGAAGCCAACGCACAAUACAAGAAACAAAAGGCUGGGAUGUCUUCCGUGAUCCACCGAUUAAGAUCGAGACAGGCUCGACGGCCAAUCAGGAAUGCCUUGAACUCACAGUUAAAAUAUUGAAGAUCUUCGCGUAUGCUUUUACAUUCAUCUUGGUGUUAACAGGGGGGGUUUUGGCGAAGGGCUGUGUAUUAUUUAUGACAUCACAAAUACGUAAAGAUAAGAAAAUAGAAUACUGCAAUAAAGAUUUGGGUCGUGACAAAACAUUCGUGGUGAAAUUGCCCGAGGAGGAGCGCAUCGCAUGGAUUUGGGCGUUACUGAUUGCCUAUGCGAUACCCGAGAUCGGUGCCUUCAUACGUUCGUCGCGUAUUUGUUUCUUCAAAACAUUUCGUGUGCCCAAGACUGGACACUUUCUCUUCGUUACACUGAUGGAGAGUCUGAGUUGUUUUGGUACUGCUUUACUUAUGUUCGUCGUGCUGCCACAAAUUGAUGCCAUACAGGGUGCCAUGUUGACGAAUUGCUUGUGCGUUAUACCUGGUAUACUGGGACUUUUGUCACGUUGUGCGAAGGAGGGUAAACGCGCCGUGAAGGUACUCAUUGAUAUGGCUGCAAUUGCGGCACAAGUAACUGGUUUCGUUAUAUGGCCAUUACUAGAGAACCGUCCAGAAUUGUGGGUAAUACCGAUCGCCUGCGUGAUGAUUUCUUGCGGUUGGUGGGAGAACUUUGUGUCGUUGCAAUCGCCCAUCGGCUUGGUGCGCGCAAUGGGACGCGUAAAGGAUGAGAUGCGCACUACUCGUUACUUCAGUCACAUGUUCCUUUCAUUAUGGAAGAUUGUGUUGUUUGUCUGUUUCGCGCUACUGAUCUUUUGGGCGCAAGGCGACGAGCCUGGCAACAUAUUCAGCAUGUUUGGUGACGCGUUGGGACCACAUAAGAUUUCAAUUGACGAAUUGGCUACUAGUUUGACGGGCAACUUGCCAGACACACUGGAUGCGGCCAAUAUAGAUAGCAUAGAGAUUGACGCCGUACACAAUAUGGUUAUUUAUGUGCUACUCAUACAAAUUUUUGGCGCUUACCUUUGUUACAUCUUCGGAAAAUUCGCUUGUAAAAUUCUGAUACAGGGCUUCAGUUAUGCCUUCCCGGUUAGUUUAACCAUACCUAUCACGGUUUCACUGUUAAUCGCAGCCUGCGGCUUGCGCAUAGACGAUCCUUGCUUUUUCCAUGACACCAUUCCGGACUAUCUGUUCUUCACAAGUCCACGCAACUUCCGUUUCAAUGAUUUCGUGACACAACAAAUGGCUUGGGCGUGGAUUUUGUGGCUGCUUAGUCAAACAUGGAUCUCACUGCAUAUCUGGACACCAAAGUGUGAACGUUUGGCUACAACGGAAAAGUUAUUCGUACGUCCAAUGUAUUCGGCACUACUGAUUGAUCAGUCUAUGGCCAUGAAUCGACGCAGGGAUGACCAAGCUGACGUGAAGACCGAGGAUUUAUCGGAAAUCGAGAAGGAGAAAGGCGACGAAUACUACGAAACCAUAUCUGUACACACCGAUGGUUCAGCUAUACAAAAUAAGCCGAGCAUUAAGUCUUCAGAUCACAUUACCAGAAUAUAUGCGUGUGCCACCAUGUGGCAUGAAACUAAAGACGAAAUGAUGGAGUUCUUGAAGAGUAUUAUGCGCAUGGACGAGGACCAGUGUGCACGACGUGUCGCCCAGAAGUAUCUGCGCAUAGUCGAUCCGGAUUACUAUGAAUUCGAGACACAUACUUUCUUCGAUGAUGCUUUUGAAAUUUCCGACCACAGCGAUGACGACAUUCAAGUUAAUCGUUUCGUUAAAUUGCUUGUAGCCACUAUGGAUGAUGCGGCUUCUGAAAUUCAUCAGACCACCAUACGCUUACGUCCACCCAAAAAGUAUCCAACCCCAUAUGGGGGUCGUCUAGUGUGGACUCUGCCUGGUAAGACCAAGUUCAUUACACAUCUCAAGGAUAAGGAUCGUAUACGUCAUCGUAAACGUUGGUCACAAGUUAUGUACAUGUAUUAUUUGCUCGGUCAUCGUCUCAUUGAGCUGCCAAUAUCAGCUGAUCGUAAAGACGAGAUUGCGCAAAACACUUACCUGUUAACAUUGGAUGGCGAUAUUGAUUUCAAACCGAACGCUGUAACGCUACUGAUCGAUUUGAUGAAGAAGAAUCGUAACCUGGGCGCGGCAUGUGGACGCAUUCAUCCUGUGGGUUCCGGUCCUAUGGUAUGGUAUCAACUCUUCGAGUACGCUAUUGGUCAUUGGCUGCAAAAGGCCACCGAACAUAUGAUCGGUUGUGUGCUUUGUAGUCCUGGUUGUUUCUCACUUUUUCGUGGCAAAGCGCUUAUGGACGACAAUGUUAUGAAAAAGUAUACUACACGUUCGGAUCAAGCUCGUCACUACGUACAAUAUGAUCAGGGUGAAGAUCGUUGGCUUUGUACUUUAUUGCUACAACGUGGUUAUCGUGUCGAAUAUUCAGCUGCCUCCGAUGCGUACACUCAUUGUCCCGAAGGUUUCAAUGAGUUCUACAAUCAGCGUCGCCGUUGGGUGCCUUCUACCAUUGCGAACAUUAUGGAUCUGCUGGGUGACGCCAAACGUACUAUAAAGAUUAACGACAACAUUUCGCUGCUCUAUAUCUUCUACCAAAUGAUGUUAAUUGGCGGCACCAUUCUUGGACCUGGCACGAUUUUCCUUAUGUUGGUGGGUGCUUUCGUAGCCGCUUUCCGCAUAGACAAUUGGACCUCCUUCCACUACAAUAUCGUGCCGAUUUUACUCUUCAUGUUAGUCUGUUUCACUUGUAAAUCGAAUAUUCAACUAUUUGUAGCACAGGUGCUAUCCACGGCGUAUGCACUCAUCAUGAUGGCGGUAAUCGUGGGUACGGCUUUGCAAUUGGGUGAGGACGGUAUCGGUUCACCAUCCGCUAUAUUCUUGAUUGCUAUGACGGGUUCAUUUUGGAUAGCGGCGUGUUUGCAUCCGCAAGAGUUUUGGUGCAUUUCUGCAGGUCUCAUCUAUUUGCUUUCCAUACCAUCUAUGUACCUCUUGCUCAUUCUGUAUUCGAUCAUCAAUCUGAAUGUCGUCUCUUGGGGCACGCGUGAAGUGGUCGCUAAAAAGACGAAGAAGGAAAUAGAAGCGGAAAAAAAAGCAGCCGAAGAAGCUACCAAGCGUGUAAAGCAAAAAAGCAUGCUGAGUUUCUUGCAAAGUGGCAUCGGCGAUAAUGGAGAUGAGGAGGGUUCCAUUGAAUUCUCAUUAGCUGGUUUAUUCCGCUGUAUACUCUGUACGCAUGGCAAAACAUCGGAAGAUAAAGCACAACUCACUGCAAUUGCUGAAUCUUUAAACACCAUCAAGACGAGGUUGGAAGCUUUGGAGCACACUUUAGAUCCACAUGGUCAUUCACGUCAUGGACGCAGACGUACUACAUCUAGCGGCUCAAAAGAUCAUCAUUUGUUGUCUUCGGUUGCCGAAAAGUCUGGUGAUGAUUCGGAGGAAUCAGAUUCAGACACUUCGGCAGAACCACGUCAAGAACGGGAUUUUCUGACAAAUCCAUUCUGGAUUGAGGACCAAGAUUUGCGUAAGGGAGAGGUUGACUUCCUCUCAAGCACGGAAAUUCAAUUCUGGAAAGACCUGAUCGACAAAUAUCUAUUCCCUAUCGAUAAUGAUCCGGUGGAACAGGCGAGAAUUGCUAAAGAUCUUAAAGAGUUGCGCGAUUCCUCCGUGUUUGCCUUUUUCAUGUGUAAUGCGCUAUUCGUUUUAAUUGUGUUCUUGUUGCAAUUGAACAAGGACAACAUACACGUGAAAUGGCCUUUUGGUGUACGCACAAACAUAACCUACGACGAAUCCACACAAGAGGUACACAUUUCUAAGGAAUAUCUACAAUUGGAACCGAUCGGCUUAGUGUUUGUGUUCUUCUUUGCGCUCAUUCUGAUCAUACAGUUUAGCGCUAUGUUGUUCCAUCGUUUCGGCACCAUUUCGCAUAUACUCGCCUCCACGGAGUUGAAUUUCUGCAAGAAGAAGUCGGAGGACACUUCACAGGAUGCUUUAAUAGACAAGCACGCAGUGGAGAUCGUCAAGAACUUGCAACGUCUUCAAGGCAUAGACGGUGAUUACGACAAUGACUCCGGCAGUGGGCCCGAUCGCAUUGCACGUCGUCGUACGAUACAAAAUCUGGAGAAGGCACGACAACCGCGUCGCCAAAUCGGCACAUUGGAUGUUGCUUUCAAGAAGCGUUUCCUCAAACUAACAGCGGAUGAAAAUAAUCCAGCAACCCCAAUACUCACGCGCCGCUUGACAAUGCGCGCAGAAACGAUACGCGCGCUGGAAGUGCGUAAGAACUCGGUAAUGGCGGAACGACGUAAGUCAGCUAUGCAAACACUCGGCGCAAAGAACGAGUAUGGCAUAACAACGACAGCAGCGCUGAACAACAACGGCGUAAUACCCAAUCAGCGCAGUGGACGUAUCUCAAAUGCGGGCAUUAGCAUCAAGGAUGUAUUUAACGCCAACGGCGGACCAAGCGAGCAAAUCUACGGUUCAAACGGUGGCGGCACCAUUAAUCAAGGCUACGAACAUGUACUCGAAGAUGACGACCGCAAUUCGCUGCGACUGACUGCGCGUAAUCCCAAUCAACAAGUGUCAUGGGGACAGAAUAGCAGCAAUACAGGACGUUUGUAG